UCGAGUAAAUUAGCGCUAUUUCAAAGACUACAACUAACCGCAGAUACUUAUAUGUUGAUGAGCGCUCGUGAAAGACGGAUAUUAUUCCCAUGUCGAACAGGAUUAUUCCUCUCACGGAGGUAUCAAAAGAUGUGAUGUAUCAAGGCACAAUGUAGAAUAUCAAUCAAUGGAAGAACAUACAACCAGGAGUAGCCAUGGCAACCGUCAAAAAGAAUACAACUUUGAGCAAAGAUCCAUAGAAAUCAACAACAUCCGGUCUACCAAUUUAAAGCAGAUUACCGUGAAAGACAGGAACAGUGCGAAAAGAAAGGAUUCACAAUUAAGAGUUAGCAAUGAAGGUAGAGGAAGGUCGCAUGAACACAAUGUUCCUUCUGAGAAUAGAUAUGAAACAAAACACAGUUUGCAAAACCACAAAGGACGCUCAACAUCCCUGCCUAGAGAGAGAGACCGACUUAAACAGGAAAAUUCAAAAUCUGCCCCAACAGAUGAAAAUUAUCAAAGAAAAACACCAAAGCAACUGCCAUUUAAAACAUACGAUGACACGACUAUUGGAAACGUCAAUGAAAACUCAAGGACAUCCACAGGAAAGAAACAAGCCACGCCCAGAAACAGACACAGGUCAGACGGCGAUGUACAUUCAAAAUUCUCAAGGAGUAAAUCAACUGAUUUACCAUAUCAAAAAUCCAAACGUUCCCUUUCAAUUAAUGAAUAUUCACCGAUUUCCUCUGAUGAAUCUCAGAUCAUGCAUACAGACACCACAAGACUGGUAUCAAAGAGAAAAACCAAAUCAAUGCAGCAUUUUAGAACGUUUUAUGACACACAAAAUGUCGAGAACAAAUCGUCUAUCAAAAAAUUUUCCCGGCAUCAGAAAUAUUUUUACUCAGAUGAAGACAGUAGCGAGGCCUCCAUUCCCCUCAGGACAGGAUUCAGGAACGGUAACCACGCCUCUUGUGUUCGUAAUGGCGUGUCCCCUGACACAACUCUGGAUAUGGAUGGUGCGUGUGACUACUCCUUCCCAGCUUUGGAAGGUUAUAGCAAACACGGACUAAAACACGGCUUCCCCAGUGCACCUUAUAAACGUAUCAAACAAAUGAAUAGUGGUAAUAUAUUUGUUGCAGUAUUAGGGUCGUUGUUGUUUAGUGUUGGUGCUUUUCUGUUGUUUUGUCCCACGGCAGCACUGUUAAUUGUGAUAUUUCCUUUAUCUUUCCUCAUUAAGACUUCUCUGUUUUCGUGUGGAUGUAACUGUAACAACUGUUGUGAAUGCGGUGUACAUUUGUCCAGGAAGGAGCGAGCGUGGCAAGACAGUAUUGACGACAGUACAAUUAUAUACCAAGCUUUGUUGAUCAUCGAAUUUGGUCUUGAUCUGCACCGCAUACGGGACUUAAUAACUGCUCGACUAAUAUGCGCUGAGGAUAAAUCAAAGAGAAAAUUAUAUCCCAAAUUUACCAAAAAGCUUGCUCCCUCGUGCUCAGGAAUGGUUUGGGUUCCAGACCAUAGUUUUUCAAUCAACAACCACGUUUAUCCAUCUCAUCGUCGAGUUGAAAAUCAAGAGGACUUGCUAGAUUUUGUCUCCGAAUCAUCAUCUAAGCCCCUCCCGACGAACAGUCCUUUAUGGGAAAUACAAGUGGUGAAAAACUAUGGAGAUCAUAAAGACACGGUAUUAUUAGUACGCGUGCAUCCUAUUUUGUCAGAUGGGAUAUCUCUUAUACAUUGUGUUUUAGCGUCGUUGACGGAUUUGGAUUCGAUAUCUUACUCAGUGCCAAAAUAUUCUACGCGUGGGAAUUGUUCCAGAACCGUAAAAUCGUUCUUUUGUGGCCCAUUUAUUUUUCUGAAGGAGUAUUUCUUUGCUAAAUCGGACUUCAAUUUACUUCAUGGACGACACACAAUUCGUUCAAGUAAACGAGUGGUGUCGUGGUCUGAGCCGUAUCUUUUAGAAAAUGCUCGUCGGAUAUGUCAAGUGACGAGGUCGUCCUUAAACGAGGUCCUUGUUUCUGUGGCAGCAGGAUCUUUGCGGUCCUAUCUCCAACUGAAUGGUAUAGAAAAUCCGUAUAAUAUGCGCAGUCUCAUUCCAGUCCACUAUCGUUCAGGUUUCUCUGAAUACUUGAUAGACAACAAUCAAAAUGCUGUCAUGGUGAUCCCAAUUCCAUCAAACAUUGAAGGUGCUAUUCCACGAUUAUGGAAAAUGAAGUCUUUCAUGAGAGAAGUUAAUCACAAUGCGUUGUUUUCAGUUAGUAGAUUGGUCAGGUUUGUGACGUCAUAUGUCCUCCCCAGUGCUCUUUGCAAUCGUCUUUGGAAAUGUGUACGGAAUAAGUGCACGUGCAUCAUAUCCAAUAUCCCUGGACCAGAAGGUUCUAUACGAUUUGGGUCAAGGUUAAUCAAGGAGAUAGUAACCUGGAACCCACCAGUAGAUGGCGUGUGUGUGUCUAUAAAUUUCAUUUCUUAUGAUGAUCAUAUCAAGAUGGCCGUAAUGUCGGACCCAAUGGUUCUACCCAAUCCUGAGCUGAUAACCAAACACUUUGCACACCAGAUGACCUGCAUUGCUGACCUUUUAGCCAAUCGACGAAUUCCGGGAGAUCAACUGAACAAACGAAAUGAGGUUGUGGAUUUGGAUCCGGAAAUUCACGCAGAACAAACGGUAGAACAGAUCCACUAUAAGAUGUCUCUUAUUCAGCAAGAACUUCAAGAUCUGAAGAUUCAAUUAGAAUCAGAAGGAAAGCACAAACACGUAGUUGGCGAAACCAAAAUCAUCAAGAAAAUAGACUUCCUCAAGGAACAGUUCAGGGAAUUACUGGUGGAGUCACGUCAGCGCCGCGCGGCGGAACAGGAAAGCGCUAUGAUACUCUCUGAAGAUGAUCUGGAUGAGGACUUAGAUGAGGAUGGGGAACCCAGACGUCCAUUCCGCCGAAGGACAUUGUCCAUAAGUUCCCGGAUGUCCCGCCUCUCUACAGUAUCACAGUCAUCCACAGUACGACCUCUAGCGGCCAAUCCUGCGGUGCAGUUUGAGAUUAAUUCAGAGAUAGAUUCUGAAUCAGAAGCUUCCUUCAGGAUGGAUGGAAUUUCACAGAUUGGAAGACAACACCGGCGACAGCUGUCGGAACAACCGAAACAAUUUGAAAUUUUGGAAUACGCCUCCUCGCCUUCUGUUGAAAGAAAAAUGAGGACGUUUUAACAUGUUUUAGUCGAUGUCACGUGACAAAAGAAAAAUGAGGACGUUUUAACAUGUUUUAGUCGAUGUCACGUGACAAAAGAACAUGUUUUAGUCGAUGUCACGUGACAGGAUAUUGGUAUUGAAUGACGUUCCUUUGACGAAUUACUAGAUGAAAUCUUAUUGUUACAAAUUUGAUGUUAACGUUCUUUAAGACGUUGCGCAUAAUUUAAUUAUAGUUGGUCACAAUCAAACGUGAAGAUUCCACGCCAUCAUCAAACGUAGGUGUUGCGUUUAUUGUUUGUUACCAUGUAGAGUCAUGUAAGGGUAGAGACACUAGAGAAAUGUCACUGAACUGGUAAUAGAAAUGAGGAAUAACUUCAAGCACGUGUUUAAUUAAUACGUAUAUUCAGCAAACAAAGCGUGGGGUUUGUGUAGGAGUCACCACGCACGUCCAUCCAUUCAUCUGUAGCUUCUUUCUCUGACACGAUUGAGUUAUUUCCCUCCCUCCAAUUUUGUUGAAAUGUUUUAUACCGUUUUAACCAGUGCACUGCGUUUUUUCCAGAUUUAUCGGUUUAGUUUUGAGACGGAUAUGACUAUUAUUUAAGCUUUAUUAUAAUGACAUUUCUGUACAUUUCUGUCAGUACUAUCAUAUAUUUGCAACAAAGAAAGAUAUGAUGCUUGUAGUCACACAAAGGUUGAGGAUUGCAUAGCGGUCAUUUGUAGAAUUUAAAAGUUCGUUGGGAAAAUAUGUUGUCCAUGUUCAGUCCUGAGAAUUAAAGCAGGGAAUCUUGAGACAGUCACGAUUGAUGAAGAUGUAACUCAUACCUUUCGGAUUUGUCAUGAUCAAUUCCGAGGUAAUUAAAACAAUGUCAAGGUCACAUACAAUAUAGUAUAUAACCUUUGUCUAGGUCAUAUAUUUACAGCAAAUGAAGGUGAAAUACGCGUGUAUCACAAAAGCAUUGACAAUGCACCUAAUCCAAGCCAAGGUCAUUUAAACAUGCCGAGGUCACUGGGAAAAAUAAUUCUAAUACAUGCGUUGACUGCAGUUGAAACGGAAAUUUUUUAGAUACGAGGAACAAUUGUUCACUGUGCCUUGUGGAUGUGGCCAGGUCUUUCCUUAAAGUAAUUUGUACAAUAUCAAGGUCACGUACAGAGGAAAGACACUUAGUUCCUUUGAAUAUCAUAUUUUGGUAACAGGGGGAGAUACAAUGCUUAUAGUGGAACAUUUUGAAAUGCUGAUGUGUCCUGACCUUAAAUUCCUUUGGACACUGUAAAGGUUGAAAUCUUGUAACGGUCAUAUCCUUAGAGCACGGAAUUCAAAACAUGCACACUGAAUGCAAAGGAUGUCUUGACCAUCUGUGGUGACAUUAAGUCCAUGGUUAUUAUAGAAACAUGUUUAUAUUGUAUAUGUAUCUUCACUUUGUUGAAUAAUAGAUCUCUAACUUUGAUCAUGGCCGUAAGGAGUGCCAUGGCCAUCACACAAGGUGAAUAAUUUUAAUGUCAAGGUUAUGCGAUUUUCAUUUCUCUGAAAUGUAAGUAAUAACAGUAUAAAUAUUAACAGUACAUGUAUUUUGAAUAUGGCCCAGUUGGUGAUAUUGAAGUGUGACCCAAAUAUUGCUUUUAAUAGUCUUCAGAGGAAAGAAAGACGGCAAAACUAAUGCAAAAUACACGUACCAAUAAGUUGAAAAUCUAUUGUUUAGAUGUGAACCAGUAUAUCGUACAUGUUUAUGUGAGUGUGUGGUCGAUAUUAGUGUGGAUUUACUGUGUUAUGAACUGUAUAUACUCACGUUAUUAAUACCAUAGUACAGUUGAAAUAUUGGGCAUUACAAAGAUCAAAGAAUAUUGAAUUAUUGUUUUUCAUGUUAAUGUGUUGAUUGACAGGAUUAAAUGGUUUUUAACA